AUGUUGGGCAAGUCAUGGAAAAGGUUUGGGAAUUGGCAGAAUAUGUCAACAUACCUUGUUGCAAUGGUUGUUGGGGAGUUUGAUAUGAUCUCGAAUUCGACAAAAGAAGAAAUUGUCGAGAGUGUAUACACGGCACCAGAACAGAGCGCUCGAGGACGCGUUGCUAUCGAUGUGGCUACUAAAGCGCUAUCAUUAUUCACUGAGACUUUUAGAAUUCCAUAUCCAUUGAAAAAAUUGGUAAUGGUGGCUAUUCCAGAAAUUAUGGGUGUGAUGGAGAAUUGGAGACUUAUGCAGCGCGUGCAAUUUGUCACGUACUAUCCCAUCAGUGGUUCGGAUGUUUAG